AUGGACGGACAAGGCCAUCCGCCGACUCCCGCCCCGACGUCCGACACCGCAUGGAUGUACUGUGCGGUUGACGAGCUCCGUCAAGCACUCCAAGGCGCCGGGCCAAGCCCGCCGCGUCCCAGCGACAGCCUCUUCGCCCAUAGCGCCGUCCUCUUCCGACCACGGGCUCUACCCGCCGACGUCACCAUAGAGGCGAACUCCGUCAACCACGCCGGGCCCCGUCGGCCCUCUACACAGGGGAUGCCACCCCUGGUGCCCCUGCUCGCCGGCCUCAUUGGGCCUCAACGGACCCCUCCGGAAGUCGUUCUUCGCGACGAUGACGAGGAGGAGGCCCACCAGCACGACGGCGCUGGACCCCACCCAGCACCCUUAAGGGGCAUGCCGCUCCAGGCACCCCUGCGCACCGGCCACCUAGGGCCGCAGGCGCCUCCUCCGGAAGUUGCCCCUCACAACGGCAAUGACGAGGAGGAGGUGCCACGUGACGAUCGUUUCGGACCCCUUCGGGUCGAUCUGACUCCGCCCCGACCACGCGAUGCUCCACCCGGAGAUCGGGCACCCUCCGCCGACGCCGAGGACGCCCAGAACCCAGCCGUCUCCCCGCCAGACGACUGGUUCAAUUUCGACCACCUGGUGGAGGAUACCCUGGGAGAACUGGUUGACGCCUUCGACACCCUGGACGAGGCGAUUCUGGUCCUCAACCAAGGUGGCCCAUCCCACGGGGAAGCCCCCAGAGAAGAGCCGCAGGCGGUCGCUGCUCUCGGACCUCUGGGCGCGGCGUACGACCUGGUCUCCGACGACGAGGGCCGUGACAACCAAACACCUCGUCACUAUAACCCAACCGGCGAUGACGGCGACGACAGCGAUGCGACGGUGAUCUACGACCCCACCGCGGAGGACAGCCGUGAUAUCCGCAGGAGACGCCGCCCACGGCCGGCCCCGAGCGACAACCGGGCCCCGCCGUACAUGGGCGAGGUAGAAGCCGCCCUGAUAGAAUGCUUCGGGGAGAUACCAGUGGACGUGCUCGACUGGGGAAGCGGCACCAACACAGCGUCAACCAUCUCGGCCGACGAGGACGAGGCCAGCCGGGAGGGCCGCCAGUCAGACGCCUCGCGACCUCCUUCCACCGGACCCGCUGAUGACGCAUCGGCAUCGACAAUCUCGGCCGACGAGGACGAGACUAGCCAGGACAGUGGCUGGUCCUACGCCCCGCGAUCGCCGCCCCCACGCUGGACUCCACCCAGCACCACGCCGCUACAAAGCUGGGCCCCAGCCGCUACCAGUCGCAGCCGACCCCCUCCGCCCUCCUACGAGGAGAUAUUUGGCCUGGGACCAUACUCCGGUCCUCACGCUACCGCCCGAUGCGCCGCGGUGACCGCCAGUCGCGAUCCUCGACCCCGCCUGCCCACCAUUGCGGAGCUGGCCGCAGAAGAGGCGCGUCGAAGAGCGGAGGACCUCAGCGAGGAGCUCGGCAACCCACCGGUUGCCCAACCGCCGACGAAUGGCCCACCACCAUCACCGACCCCACGCCGCCGAGCACGGCGCAGGAGCGCACCAUGGGCAGACAGCCCACCCAGCUCGUCCGACGAGUCAUCAUUGGACGCCGACGAGGGAGCCCUCAACCCUCCCCCCGCUGGGUACCGGCUCCAGUAG